UCACAGAACACUAGUACAUUUAUCAGACUGCAGUGCCUCAAUAGGACUGAUUCAACCAGGAAUGAAGGUGACUCAACUAGAAUGUCUGUGUCUGAUUCUUCUACAUCUCCUACACACAGCAGGCUCUGAGAGGUUUGAGGUUCUUGGUCCAACUGAUUCCAUUGUUGCUGUAGCUGGUGAUGACAUCAUUCUGCCCUGUUACCUCAAACCCAACAUCAGUGCUGAGGACAUGACAGUGGACUGGCUUAACCUGGACUUCUUAGACGUUUGUGUCUUUCGUUACCAAAACAGCGAAAUCAUACGAGAUGAUCAGAUUCCCCACUAUAGAGGAAGAACUUCACUGUUUGAAGAGGAACUGUGGAGGGGAAACACCUCUUUGAAACUGACCAGGGUACAAGGCACUGAUGAGGGACGUUACAAAUGCUUAAUUCAGUCAAAGAGCUGGUAUGAUGAUUUCACUGUUCAAGUCCUCGUUAAAGCUGUAGGAUCCAAGCCAGUGGUGUCCAUUGUGGGACACAGAGAGGGAGGGAUGGGUCUGCUGUGUGAAUCAGAAGGCUGGCACCCUGAGCCUGAGCUGGUGUGGCUGGACAGUAAAGGAGUCCAUCUCUCUGCUGGUCCUCCUGAGAUACAUAGAAGUUUCAAGGGAUUCUACAGAGUCAAACAAUAUGUCAUUGUCCAGGAGACUGACACCAACCGCUUUACCUGCAGAGUCCAACAGAGCCGGAUCAAUGAGAAGAUGGAGACAGAGAUUCACCUCCCUAGUGAGAUAUUUUAUACAACCCCAUGGAGAAUGACCUUCAUUGUGUUAUGCUGUCUGGGAGCCAUCGCUGUGACUGGGUUUUCUCUGACUAUCUACUGCAUACGUAAAAAGAAAGAUUUUGUGAACACAAACUGGAGUCCAGAUUUUGAAACCAUCAGAAGACAUGCAGUGGAUGUGACUCUAGAUCCUGAUUCUGCACAUCGUAAACUCAUCCUGUCUGAUGAUGGGAAACAAGUGAGACAUGGAGAACUAAACCAGGUUCUCUCUGACAACGGGAAGAGGUUUACAAAUUGGUCCUCUGUCCUCGGAAAUGUGGGCUUCUCAGGGAAGUUCUACUAUGAGGUGAAAGUGGAGGGGAAGACUGAGUGGACUUUGGGGGUGGUCAGAAGGUCCAUCAAUAGGAAUGAGCGUUUUAUACCAAUCCCUAAUAAUGGAUACUGGACUUUGGAGCUGAAGGAUGGAGAGUACACAGCUAAUGCAGAUUCCCCUGUCACCUUCACCCCGAGAGAGAGGCCCCAGAAGGUGGGGGUGUUUGUGGAUUAUGAGAAGAGACAGGUCUCCUUCUACAAUUUGGAGGCAGGGUCUCAUAUCUACUCUUUCACUGGCUGCACCUUCACUGAGAAACUCUAUCCAUUCUUCAACCCUGGUGGAUCAGAUAGUAUUUCACUGGUCGUCUGUCCUGUAGAUGUCACUGACUGACUGUUUUAAAUCAAACAGGGCAGAUACAGUAUAAACAGCAGUAACUCCUAUUGAGAGACUUAAUGUACAUGAGAUCUUAGUUAUAGAUUUCCUGUCAAUCUUAGCUAAGCUUAAGCUAAGCUGUUAGUAGUCCAUGUUCCUCACGUUAAUCAUCUGGUCCCUUUUCCCUUUUUUGUAUAUUUCAAAAGUGCUGAACAAAUAGUUAUAUUGACAACGUCUGUCCCAGCUCGCUCAUUAACGGCUUCAUCAAAAUUACGGAUGGCCUCUUAUCCGCUUGUCGUCCCCUUAUGCCAUAGUUUGUACAUCUCAAUUGUCAGUAGAAAACACAUUUGUUUAAACAAGUCAGCCAUAUCAGCUGGUAAGGUGUUGGGACUCUGCUGUUGGGACUCUGCUGUUGGGACUCUGCUGUUGGGACUCUGCUGUUGGGACUCUGCUGUUGGGACUCUGCUGUUGGGACUCUGCUGUUGGGACUCUGCUGUUGGGACUCUGCUGUUGGGACUCUGCUGUUGGGACUCUGCUGUUGGGACUCUGCUGUUGGGACUCUGCUGAUGGGACUCUGCUGAUGGGUCUCUGCUGAUGGGACUCUGCUGUUGGGACUCUGCUGUUGGGACAGCUUUAUGUAGGUCCUGAAAGUUUGUGGGCACCGUUUGUAACCGUUACCUUGCAAUUAAUGUAUUCUUUAGUGUUGUGUAGUGGCAUUGCUGGAAUGCACAAGAUUUACAUGCUAAAAUCACAACUGGUUGUGUAACCUUUCUGCUGUGUGCUCCUACAUUUAGGUAACAAUAUAGCAGCAGCACAAAAUAAAUGUGUUUUAUAUAUUGAU